CAACUGUAAGGCUUAAUUACCAAUGCCCCAGGCUUAUUCUGUGUCACUGAGCCUCGUCGAUUUUUGUAUAAAAUCUGGUGCAAGUCUCACUACACCAUAGUCAAUCGGUGACAGCAAAACAACAACAAUGGCCGCUAAGUUCUUCGCUGUCCUCUCCCUGGCGGUAGCCGCAUCAGCCCUUCCCGUCGUACCUCUCGCCAAAAUAGCGUACGCUGAAGCCGAAGCACCCGCCCAUUACGAAUUCGCAUACUCCGUCAGAGACGACCACAGCGGCGAUAUUAAGGAACAGAAGGAAACCCGUGAAGGAUACGCCGUCCACGGCUCCUACUCCCUCGUCCAGCCUGAUGGCGUGCACCGCAUUGUGGACUACACCGCUGACAAGGAAAACGGAUUCAACGCCGUCGUCCGCUACGAGGGCCAGCCUAUUGCCGAGCCUGCCAAGAUCGCCUACGCCGCCGCACCCGUAGCUAAAGUGGCCUACGCUGCCCCUGUUGCCAAGGUCGCCUACGCUGCUCCCGUUGCCAAGAUUGCCUACGCUCAUGCUCCCGUCGCCUACGCUGCCCCCGUCGCCAAGGUCGGCUACGCUCAUGCUCCUGUCGCAUACGCUGCCCCCAUCGCCAAGGUCGCCUACACCGCUCCCGUAGCCAAGAUCGCGUACGACGCUGCUCCCCUCGCCCACGUUGCCUUCUCCUCCCCGGCCAUCUCCUACCACCACUAAGAAGUUGUUAAAGAAUUAUUUAUUGAUUAUGAAUAGUCACAAAUAAAUUAUUUAUUGAAUAUCUACAA